GCUGCGCAGAGUUGAAUUCAGUCGAAGCUGGAGCGAGGUGAAGACUGUCGCGGCUAGACCCUGUUCAUGCCUUGAAUAUGCUCAAUUUGAUCUAUUAUUGCUUGCCAAAACCGUUGGAUCCAUGGUGAAAAGAAAGAAGACAUCUUCUGCUGUCGAAGAGCAUGAAAAUGGGAUGACAAUUGGGCUGAGGGACGACGUUGGUGUCGAUGGGCCGAAUAAUUCGGACCGAAAGCUUGAAGGUUGUGACGAGGAGGAGAGCGGAGAUCAGGGGAGCGAGGAGCGUAGUACAAAGAGGCACGGAGUGGAAAUUCUUAAUCCAUCAACUACGGGCUGCUCCAGUUCAGCACCGGUGAUUCCCACCUCUGAAACGAACCCGUCUGGACCUUGCUCGAGCCAACAACCCACGUUUUUGACAGCACCCACCCCACCGAGUCACGACCAGCAUCAUUUUCUGAGAUCCAGUGUCCGACCCCCGAGUAAACGAAUCCGGAAGGAUUCCAUUGCCCCAACUAUCAAUGGUCACGGCGGGGCGAAAUCGAAAGGGUCCGAGAAUGGUCCCUCCCCCCAGGUGUCGACGGGUCAGUCUGGUUCCACGCCAGGCUCUACAGGGCCCACUGGGAAGGCGGCCCCUAGGGGCCAAGGGCCUGGGGACAAGGAGGAGCCGGGGGGCAGCCAGAAGAGAGCCCGGAGACAGUGGGAGUCCUGGAGCACAGAGGACAAAAACAGCUUCUUUGAAGGGCUCUACGAGCAUGGUAAGGACUUUGAGGCUAUCCAGUCAAACAUAGCAUUGAAGCAUAAAAAGAAGGGGAAGCCUGCCAGCAUGGUGAAAAACAAGGAGCAGGUACGACACUUCUACUACCGCACCUGGCACAAGAUCUCCAAGCACAUUGACUUUGCCAACGUGUAUUCGCGUGUGCUGAAGAAGUCGUCUCAGGAGCUCUAUGGACUCAUCUGCUAUGCCGAGCUGCGCAAGAAGGUUGGAGGAUUGAUGGAUGAUAAGAAUGUGGCCAAGCUUAACGAGCUCAUCCAACAGGGGGCCACCACAGUGCGUUCCAAAGGCAGGAACCUGCGCAUCAAAGCUCCCAUGUGCCGUGCGCUCAAGAGACUAUGUGACCCAGAUGGAGUGAGUGACGAAGAGGACCAGAAGCCAGUGCGACUCCCUCUGAAGGUUGCCGUGGAGCUGCAGCCACGUAGCAACCACUCCUGGGCCCGUGUCCAGAGUCUGGCACACAACCCCCGCCUCAGGAUGGUGGUGGAACUACACAGGAAGGUGUCCAGCCUGAUUGAAUUCCUGAAACAGAAAUGGGCCGUCCAGGACCAGCGCAUUCUGAAGAGCUUGCAGGAGAGGGAGGCACUAGAGGGAACACAGCAACAGAAUGGCGCUAGUAGCAGCCCCUCCCUCCCCUGCCGGGCGGACACGGAGGACCUGUACCUGUACCCGGCCGAGACCAGCACCCUGACAGCCUUGCCUGGUGUGGCCCGUGUGGUGCACUCCAAGGCGUCCUGCACCGUCCAUUGGCAGGAGAGCGGCAAGGCCCGGCCCGGCCCCAAGGAGCUCAACCCCAGCGCCCAGAUACUGGGCAUCCAGGGAGCCUCCCUCCCCCGUGGUGGGGGCGCCACAAAACCCGGCCGUGGCGGUGACACUCGACGGGUCCUGGGAGAGUCCCCCGUAUCCAUGCCGGAGAUGCCUGAAGGAGGAGUGUCGGGAGGAGGAGCUGUCCAAGAGGACAACAAUCAGAACCCGCCUGCUGUUGCCCCUCCUUUGUCUUUGCUGCCUUCGGCUCAGAAACUGGAGGGUGGUGCGGCACUGGGACAAACAGCUGGGGAGAAGGGGACAGUGGGAGUAGUAGGGGAAGCUCUGGGGGCCACAAAUGGAGAGAGGGUCUCCAGUUUGCAGGUUAAGGGUUGCAGCUCCGUUACUGAACCGCGUCGGGAAGAGGAGCAGAUGCAAGGUGUUAACAGCGUUCACGCCUCCUCUCCAGAGAGGGACUCCCUUUCCCCGUCAGAACCACUGGCUCCCACUGAACCAGUACUGGGACAGGUGGAGGACAUCCCUCCAGACCAGGGGCAGGGGAGCGUGGUAGCCCAAGGAAAGGAGGAGCCUGGUGGAGGAUGCAGCCCGCAAUCCCUGGUGGCCAGUGGGAGGUCGGCCCAGCAGAUCCGCGAGGAGGGCUGGUGCUCGCGGGGAUCGGACUGCAACGUGACCCUGGCUGAGCUUUACCUGAUGCUAGGCAAACCGGGGAAACUGCAGUUGGAGUACGAAUGGCAGCCGACUGCAGUCCAGGAGCCGGAGGAGGGGCUACAUGGACAGACACGCCCACAACUGCAGUCACCGCUUCCCUUGCCCCCUCCCUCCACCCACCGCGUCCUGCGCUGUCUGCUCCGACUGGUAUCAUCAGAGGUCAACCCCAAACCUACACCAGACCUGUGCACCACAGCUACGUCUCCAUUGAAGCCAUCCCAGGAGGAGCAGGCCCUCACCCCUCCAGGCAAAGCCCCCGCCACGGGGGUGCGCAGCCCCAACUGUGGCCGGCAGCAGCCCCUGGGGGUCCGAGGGGCAAAGUUGAUGUUACAAAAUGUUGGAUCUUCAGGUCGUAACCUCCCACGUGCUCUGCUUACGUCCGGGGGGGACUCGGAUGGCGGGGUGUUUGCCGUCCCCACCACCCUACCCCCGAACAGUUCCCGGCACUCCCGCAUGUUCUCGCCCAACAAGGAAGCGGAGCUCGCCUUCCGACAGCAGCUUGACUCCAUCAGAUCAGAUAUUUUCCUGUCAAAACAGAGGAAGAACAGGAGCCGGCCGCUUCGAAAGCCCCUCGUGGUCCAGAGAACGCUGCUCCCUCGCACCACCGGAGACACUCCUCAACACGUGUGCUCCUUCUCCAUCCUCUCCAACUCUUCUGCAACAGGAACCGGUUCCUUCCGACCAAUCCAGCCCCGUCUCUCUCCAUCCACCCGGCCACUCCUCCCGAGAACUCCGUCCGUCACCUCUGGCCCUGGGAUAUCCACUCAGCUCUCCAGUGCCAUUGACCUGGCAGCCAAAUCAGCAGGCAUCAUCCCAGGCAGCCCCUGCCGGGAGCUAGAGCCCCCCAGUCAAGAGCGCAGCCCCCUCCUCUCAAGAUCGGACCCUGUGGGGCAUCCCGGUCUCCCCCAGACGCAGCUCCUUCAGCAGGUUUCUUCUGAGAACCGCCUCCCCCCUCCGUCUCCUGGAGAGGCAGGUGACUCUCUCCUCUCCCCACCCAGCGUGGCCUCUCUGCUGGACAUUUCUCUUCCCGGACCACCGGAGGAGGCCAUGACUCCUGGAGGACCGCAAACACACAUCAGCGACUCGAUCAUUGAGCUUGCCAUCAACUCUGCACACUACGGUGAUGAGACCUCCCUCUCCCCUGCUAAGCUGAAUGGUAGUGACGGCACCAAGGUCCUUCCCUCUCCCUCUGUCAGUCCCUCCAGAGGCUGGAUUCCUUCCCCCAGUCACGACCCUCAGUGGUACCCUAACGACUCGACCGACUCCUCUCUGGGCUGUCUUUUGUCGAGCCUGGUAUCCCCUGAUAAGGGUAGACGCAACUCGUUGGCUCCUUCCGGCCCUUCCAGUGGAACAGCCCUCCUCGGACCCAGAUUUCUGGACUGCAACUCCCACGAUUCCUUUCAGUCACGCUGCCUGCCAGAUGUAGCUGAGGUAGACACCCAGCUGGCCUGCAUGAUGAGCGAAAGCAGCGUGGAUUACAUUGCCCGGUUCAACGAUUUGGCACAGGAGCUGUCUGUCACAGAGCCGCCCCUCCCACCUCCUUAAGUUUGAAUCAAUAAUGUGUAUAAACCCUGGAUAACUGAUAGGGGGCACUGUUGCCAAAGUGGUGCCAGUUUGGUUUUCUUUGUUAAAAAAAAUAUUUUGCCAAGAAUAUUCUAUUGGAAACCUUAAUGUAUAAUUUUUUUAUUAUGUGAACAAAUGAAACACGUAAUGUAUAGAAAACAUUCCUAUAAGUAUUUCUUUUGAGUACUUAUUUUAGUGUACCCAUUACAACAAAGAAAUGCUUAUGUUAUAUUUUUUCUGCAUUGUAUUAUACUGAACUCUACUUUCUCGGGUGUACCACUAUGGUGAACUGUAGGUUUGAAGCCUCAUUGGCCAUGAAAUGGCCUCAGUAUUCCAUGGUUUAUAUGCAUUGGUUUGAAAUUACUGUAUUGGUGGAUUGAGAAACACCCCUCCCAUGCAAUACUAUUGAAUUGAGCAGGAGUAGGGUUUAGGAGCUGUCUGUCCCAUGGUUGCCCCUCCCUCUUCUUUAGAAGUGCAAGAACAAAGUGGUGGAGAAAACACCCUUUAGUUUUUUAUAGUUUUGAAAGAAAGUGCAAUAACUAUGGCCAUUGGCCUGAAACACUCAUAUCUACAGUGAAACUGACCUACUGGAAUGGGUUUCAACUGGUUCUGAUGAAGUCUGACUGGUUUCAGCUCUGCUUCUGAACUGGUUUUGUCUGGUUCUAAAUUUCUACGGACUGGUAUCAACUGGUUUUGAUGGCCUGUGGACAGGUUUCAACUGGGUUUUUAUGGGGUUUCUGAUCGGAUUCAACAUGUUCUGAUGGGUGCCUGCUGGCUUGUUGUUGUUUUUUUGGACCACAUUGUUUGUUCUGCCUAGCGAGCCACCCUUUAAAAAUGAAUGCCGUUUACAAAAACACAACCUCAUGUAAAGAAAAACUCUGCCAUAUCUAAACAAGACUAAACCUGUUAUUCUGUUUUAAUCUCCUUGCCCCUUCUUUCCUGAGGAAUAUGAAACUUGUGAGUGCAAAAUGUCAAACUAAAAAAGACAAAAAAAAGAAACUGCUGCUGAACCGCUGGUAGCAAUUCUGUCUGUGUUGUCGCUUUAUGCCAUUGGUGCAAAACUAACACAUCACUUAACCAUUUGAUCUGUUAAAACUGAAUAAGCCAUAUGAGUGGAGCUGAUAUGAAUUUGUUUCCUGGGCUGUGGGUUUGUGCUUGUCUGUGUGUGUGUUGCUAACUGUCCAUAUCAAAGCAAAACGUUAGACACUCCAGUUGAACAUUUACUCCAUUCAACAGCUUUCCAUCUCUGUUUUUGUGUGUGGCCAAACUGAUUUGUGGAGAACAGAAACCAAAUGGUAACUGAUGCAUUCUGAAUUCUCUGACACGUUGGCCCAUCAGAAACACUUUUCAAUGUGGAUGUGGAUGCUUCCCUGAACACCAAAGUACCACUCCUUUUGAAAAAACAUUGAUAAUUACGAAUCUAAUCAACGGGUCAGUUUCUUUUCUUCCUGCUUCCAGUUAAUUGCUCUGAAACUCAUUUAGAUUUUCUGUAAGGAAAUGUUUUUCUAUGUUGUGAUCAAAUUAACAUCAUACCAGGCACUCCAUACUAUGCCUGAAGUGUUUUCAGCUGAAAGGUGUGUUUUAGUUGGUUUCUCGACCGACUGACGGACCAAUCACCUUAAGAGUUUUAGACAGAAAUGUGUAAUGUUCCCCGAUAACUGCAUUAGAUAAGUUGCUAUGCAUCAGCCAUUGGUUGUAAGCCACGUCAUCAACUAUGCAUGGAGCGUGCAUCCAAAAUGGCACCCUUCUUCCCACAUGGCGCACUGCUUUCGGCCAGUGCCUGUGUUCAGAAGGAGUGGGCUGUAUAGGAAUACUAAUUCCGACACCCCAAAGCCUAAAUUUCUGUUAAAGAUUUUGAUGAGAAGUCAUAAUUUAUGAAUACUAAAUGUCUGGUUGUUCUUUUUUAACACACUAAAAGAAAGGUUCGAGCUACAAAUGUGGAUUAUGUUUUAAAGACUUCAAGAUAGAUUGUGUCUUUAAAUUGGGGCAUGAAGUCCAUUCUCCUAGUCAGUGUGUAACUUUGUACUACAUAAUUCCAGUAUUCACUGCGCUUUUGUAACAUACAAUUGUACAUUAUUGUUAUUUGGACUAUUUAUUGUUAACAGGUUCAAGGUGGUUCUGUUUUAACUUAAUGUAAGAAGGCGGCAUUUUAAAAAAAACAUCCGCUUUUUGGA